CCACCUCUGUAUAUUUAGUAGGUCCUUUUCUCCACGCAAAGCGGCCGUGUCUUCAAGUCCGGGCUACAAAGUAGCUUCGACUUCUUCUUCAGUCAUGGCUGACCAGGCUUUUGUGACAUUGGCAACCAAUGACAGCUAUGCUCGGGGAGCCAUGGUUUUGGGCAAGUCCCUGCGCAACCACAACACAUCCAGGAAGCUGGUGGCACUCAUUGGUCCACAAAUAUCAGAGCCAUGCCAGUCUGUGCUGAAAAGAAUCUUUGAUGAGGUGAGGGUGGUGGACGUGCUGGACAGUGGCGACACAGCACACCUGGCCAUGAUGAAGAGGCCUGACCUGGGCGUCACCUUCACCAAACUCCACUGCUGGACUCUCACACAUUACUCCAAAUGUGUUUUCAUGGAUGCAGACACACUGGUGCUUUCAAAUAUAGAUGAGCUGUUUGACAGAGAAGAACUGUCAGCUGCUCCCGACCCUGGAUGGCCUGACUGUUUCAACUCUGGUGUGUUUGUUUUUUGUCCUUCUAUGGAGACUUAUGGCAAACUGCUUCAGUAUUGUACGGAACACGGCAGCUUUGACGGAGGAGACCAAGGUGUUUUGAACGGCUUCUUCAGCAGCUGGCCAACAGCUGACAUAUCAAAACACCUCCCCUUCAUCUACAACCUCAGCAGCAUAGCCAUCUACACUUACCUUCCAGCAUUCAAGCAAUACGGUGGCAAUGCCAAGGUGGUCCAUUUCCUAGGAAAGACCAAGCCGUGGAGUUACACAUUUGACCCCAAAACCAAACAGAUCACAGGGAGUAUCCAUGAGGCCACUGCACAUCCCACCUUCCUCCUGGACUGGUGGACCCUGUUCUCCAGUGCUGUGGUGCCCAUGCUGCAGGAGCAAUAUGGAGACCAGCCUUUUCACUCCGGAUGUGUGGAGUUCCAGCAUAGUGAAAUGGUCACUAUUGAGAGUGGACAGGGUGAAAGCUUCUCUUCACACGAACAAGCACUUCAACCCCAGCUGACCUCAGAACAACGGAAGGAGAAAUGGGAGCAAGGUCAGGCAGACUACAUGGGAAUGGACUCGUUUGAUAAUAUCAAGAGAAAGCUUGAUACUUUUCUCAAAUAAAGAAGGAAUGAAGUGGGAUAUCGGCAGAGCACUUGCAGUUUAACAAAGUCACCCCAGGUCAUUCAAGAAAAUAAUGUGAAACAGGGUUGGAUUUUUCCUCCCUACCGGUUUCUCAGCUACAAAUAAGCUGAGUCUCUCCCUCCACCAAUACCCUCUCCAUACUCCAAAGACAGUGCCAUUUAAAUGGGAAAUUUAAAGUCAAAUAUUAUGAAUGGCUUUAAUUGUCUAUGCAAGACUGUCAUUAUUCAGUUUACCCCGCCACAGGUAUCUGUUCUGCUACGCUGUGAAGAAAGUCAGGAAAAUUUUUUAAAACAUAAACUCAGAAUUUUUGUAGGUACUUGCAUUAAGAGUUAGCUUUUUUUUUUUUUUUUUUUUAACUCAGUGCUCUUUUUUUUUUUUUUUUUUUUUUUUAAAGGAGAUGGCAACAAAAGUUGAACUGGGCCUUAUGUAUCUGUGUUACUAAGCAUUUCAGUUACAUGUACAUUCUUAAUUUUUCCUUUUUUUUUACGAUACAGUCAUCUAGCAGUCCUCUGAGUAUUAAUAUUUUCUUUUCUCAGACGUUUAUUUCUCUUGCUUUUGAAUUGAAAACCCUCUGUUUAACAUAGAUAUAUAUAUAUAUAUAUAAACAUGUUUACAACAUUCUGAAGGCCAUAGUAUGGUCAUUUAGUAGCCAUACUUAUACAUUAGGUCCUCAGUGCCUUUUAGUGUCUUGCUCUCUCUACUGCCAUCAUCCUAUCUGUUCUUGAGUAGCAGCUUUUCAGUAGGUGAUUAGGUUUUUAACUUUCUUGCCUUUUACUUGACCAGGAUGUUGGCUGUACCACACAAUCUUUCAUCUGGAAAUAUUAAAAACAUGAAAAGUU